AUGUCCCAAAACACAGGGCCUGAUAGGACGCCUCCCCGAAGCUUGCUGCAGAUGGGCUUCGACUUGUUCAAAAGCCAGAUCCAGCCCAUCAUUGGCAACGCGUCUUUGCGCGACUUCAGGCACCUCUAUUCCAAGUACUUCAACCGGCCCGACUACAUCAAGCUUGCGUCGAACGAGUACUUCAACGGCAUCGAGUACGACGCGUCUCAAGACGCGUCUCUCACACCUACGCCCGAGAAAUCAAACGAACAGCAUGCCAGGGAACUUGUGGACAGGAUGCGCUCGCUACACGAGGCAGACAAGCGCGAACAAGACGCUCGUAUAUGGAAACGGUACAUCGGAACGCUAGAUGUGGAAGCCUGGGCCACACGCCCGUACAUGAGGCCACUUUCCUACCAGCAGCCGCUCGAGGUCCGCAGAUUGAAACCAAACAAAAUCAAGAAACUGCUGAUUGUCGCGGCCAAGUUCGGGGACUCUGCCGUCAUCCGCUUGUACACGCAGCCUGAUGCCCGGGAGAUCGGACGGCUCCCGGAGGACGUCACGCGCAUUUUGUCGCCGCUCAUGGACCUCAAUCUCGCCAACUUCGAGGCGUUUGUGAUCAUGGAAACGAGAGGCCGGCUUUCGAUCGGCGACUCGUUCUACGUCCAGAUCCGGUGUUAUCUCAACAACAACACGUUUGCAGAACACGCACGGUACGACGGCUUGGCCGCCAGCGGCGAUUGCCCGAGCCCCCUGAAAAAACGCAGAACCGCCACGCCAGGCUCGUUCAACGCCUUGCUGGAAACGGAGGGAGAGACCGUGUUGCGGCUCAAGCAGAAGUCCAUCUCGCGAUUGUUUGAAAAGCUCCAUCUCACACACGCAAAUCUGCUGAAUGUGGAAGCCGCCUCUGCAGAGGAGCCCGACGGCAGCCAGACCAGCACGCCGAACCCGGAGCCCCAGGCCUCAGACGACCUAAACUUGGACCAGCUCAAGGAGUUCUAUCUGUCGAACCAGCAAUCGGACUAUCUCGAAAACCUUCCCGAAACCACCACCCCGCCGCCCGCCAACUUUGCCUUGCUGUUGAGGCCGUACCAGAAGCACGGGUUGGCAUGGAUGCUCUCGCGGGAAAAAGAAAUGGAUCUCAUCCAGGAGCUCUCCCGGACAGACACGGAAACGCUCUCCACGCAGAAAAUGCAGACGAUCCGCCAGCAGGACGAUGGCGUGAUGAACCCGCUUUGGAACGAGUUCCUCUGGCCCCAGGACCACCAGCUCGACGGGGCCAUUGUCCAGCACCAAGAGAAAUGUUUCUAUGCUAAUUUGUACAACGGCGAGUUUUCCACGCACAAGCCGGUGGUGCACAACUUUCUCAAAGGCGGCAUUUUGGCAGACGAGAUGGGGCUCGGCAAGACGAUCCUGACGUUGGCAUUGAUCCACUCGGUGCCCUACGAUUCCGAGCGUGCACCCGUGGGGCUCAGGCACUACGCGUCGAAAUCCACGCUCAUCAUCGUGCCCAUGUCGCUUCUCUCGCAGUGGAAAGCCGAGUUUGAAAGAACGAACAGCAACUCGAACCACAGGUGCUUCGUAUACUACGGCGAUCUGGUCCAGGCAGAUCUUUCGUUCAUGCUCUGCAACCGGUCCGAAAAUAUCCCCAUAGUCGUCAUCACUACGUACGGCACGGUGCAGAACGAAUGGGCCCGGCUCAACAAGCUCCGCGACAGCACAGGCCGGCUCCCGAACAUCGGGCUCUUUUCCGUGGAGUUCUUCCGCAUCGUGCUCGACGAGGGCCACACAAUAAGGAACAGAACCACGAAGACUGCGAAGUCUGUGCAUGAGUUGGAGCUGCGCCGGAAGUGGAUUCUCACCGGAACGCCGGUGGUGAACCGGCUCGACGACAUCUUCUCGCUCGUCAAGUUCUUGCGGCUCGAUCCGUGGAGCAACUUCUCAUACUGGAAGACCUUUGUGACCUUGCCCUUCGAGCAGAAGAAGUUCAACCAAACUUUGGACGUGGUGAAGUCCAUUCUCCAGCCAAUCUUCUUGCGCCGCACGAAAAACAUGAAGCAGAAGGACGGCACGCCGUUGGUGUACUUGCCGGAAAAAGAGGUGGUGAUUGAGGAGCUCGAGUUUUCCGAGAAGGAGCAGUUGUUCUACGACUUCUUCAAGUCCAAGGCAUACCAGUCGUUCACGGAGGGCAUGAAGACAGGCGACUUGCUCAAGAAGUAUACGCAGAUCCUCACGCACAUUCUCCGUCUCCGGCAAGUGUGUUGCCACCCGGACUUGAUUGCUUCGAGCAGCGAGCUUGACGAGACGUGGGAAGAAGAACUUGCAGGCUACGAACAGCCGAUUGCCCGGGAGAAGUUCGCGCUGGAGACAGCCAUGAAACAGGUCAUGUACGGCUUGUACAAGACCGUGCAGAUCGAGGACUCCGAGUGCUCCAUCUGCACGCUGGCGCCAAUUGCCGUGGGCGAGCUCACGGUGACCGAGUGUGGGCACCAGUACUGCUUCCACUGCUUGAUGGACCACAUCAAGUACCAGAAGAACGAGGGCAUGGAGCCCUUGUGUCCGCAGUGCAGACACGCGAUCUCGAAGUACCGGUUGUUCAAGGUCCUUAGGAGAGACGUGUCGAAGAAGGAGGUCAGG